CACCCAGUACUUCAUCACGAACCACAUCUGACGCCUUUUGCGGCCCCAACAACCCCAAAUCUUCACAGUCUUCGUCGCAGAUUGUCGCAAAAAUGACUACUUUCGAACCCUCACUUAGCAGCUCGAUGCGCGCUUCUCACGACGUCCCAUCGAUGGCAGACCAGCUGCCCGGCAUCAACUUCGGCUUCGACGACCUGCGCAGCCGCAUGAACCAGUUCACAUCACGAUUCGAUGCUUUCAUUGAGAAUGGGCGAAGGAGGGUAUUGGAGGAGAGGAACCAGUUCCGCAUGAAUGUUGCAGAGCUGCAUGAGGACCAACGCAUGAAGAAGCGCGAUAUCGAGAUUCUCGACCUCAAGCAAACCCAACACGGCCAAAACCUCGCCAAAGAGUCGCAAGAGAAGGCCGAGAUGCAGGAAGCGAUUAGCAGCCUUACACAACAGCGCGACGAGCGCUUGACUCACCGCGACACCCUCCGCUCUCAGAUCAGCGAAAUCCAGAAGACCAUCUCUGCGCGCAGAGACGCACAACUCAAACACCGCCGCUACCUCGACGGUCAAUCGCGCUACAACGAGCCAGAACUGGACUUCUGGGAGAAUUAUCUCGGCUUGAGGAUAGAGGGUCUGGGGAAGGACGACAGGCUAAAGUUCGUGUACACAAACGUUGAUGAGCGCGAAUGGGAUCGAGAAGCCUGGUUCGAGCUUGAUACGUCAGAGCGCGAUUACAGAGUGCUAGAGAUCAGGCCAAAGGCUGAACGAGAGGAGGUGGAUCGGGUAGUCGAGGGUUUGAACGAGACACGUGACCUGGCUGGAUUCCUCAAAGGCAUGCGAGAGCUCUUCGUAGAGGCGUGCAAAUAGGCAGAUGAUGACGACUUGGAUAUAAUGCGGCGUUGGGACCUC